AUGUCGGAUCACGAGUUCGGCGCCACCGUCCAGAAGAUUGUAGGCGAAAUCCUGCCACCACACGGUGGAGUAGCUUUCGCAAAAGAGGCCAGGGAUCUCCUCAUUGAAUGCUGCGUGGAAUUCAUCACCCUCAUUUCUUCCGAAGCCAACGAAAUUUCUGAAAAGGAGGCCAAAAAGACCAUUGCCUGUGAUCACAUCACAAAGGCCCUCGAGCAGCUUGGCUUUUCCGAUUACGUGCCCGCUGUGCUUGAAGCCGCUGCCGAGCACAAGGAGGUUCAGAAGUGCGAUGGCAACUGGCCCAAAUGCUCAACGUGUAGGACCAAGAAGCGAGCAUGCGGCUACGUCGGCCGGGAGGGUCAGAGUCGAGCGACUGCUGUCAAGUCGCGGCUCGAGUCUUUGGAAGAGCUGGUGACUGCGUUGAAAACAAGUAGCCCGGAGCAGCUCGCCACGAUCCUAAACAGCAUACGGGAUGCCGACGACGCCGUCGGAGCUAUUGAGAGCCUUGCAAGUCAGACAGGCGGUUUGAAUGGGCAGGAUCAGCAAUAUGCUUUGUUGCUCCUGGCCAACAAGCUGACUUGCGAUCUCCGCCUCCUGCUUCCGGAAGCACCGGUUGUGAUGCGGGCGGUGAAUUCAUUCUUUAGCUGCAGCGGCAAGCUAUUCCACGUCUUUUCGGAGCCUUAUAUCCUGCAGUGCUAUCGCGCAAUCUUCGACGAGUCUCAGCCCCCCUCGGAGCUUUUAAAGGCCAAGGUCUGCUGCCUGGCGGCGGUUGCUGCGGUAGGAGCACAGUACGCGCCCGAUACAAUCAGCAAGGAGGUAGAGGCGGCCUUGUAUAAUCUUGCUAGGCAUUUCCUUGAGGUUGCGAUAGAGCAUGAACCUCUACACGCAAUCAAGGCCUGCACGUUAUUUGCCCAGUAUAAUAUCAUGAACAAGGAGAUGGUGUCUCUGACCUGGCUCUCAUCGACACUUGGGUACAUCUCCGGGAACACUUGGUCGGCCGAGAAAAGAGUGCUCGCUGACCUCAGGUUUGAUGAUGCGGACAAUAUCACCGAGGUUGUGCAAACGGAAAUGGCGAGAAUAUGCCUUCUCAAGGCGGAGAUAUUGCGUAUGCAUUUGGUCUUCAAGGAUCUCACAAUCCCAGCUGUUGAGACCAUCCGAGGAGACCUGCAAAGCUGGUACGAAGAGCUACCAGAAUCCAUGCGACUUGGAGCGCCUGCGCAUGAGAAUCUCCCGGUGGGAACCAAACGGUCCAUCUUGCAUCUACACAUGCUUUACCUAGGGGCCAUCAUGCUUCUCUAUCGCAGAGUGGCAACUCAGUUCUUGCAGUCCUUUGCAGUCGGGGGCCUCAAUGGCAGCCUACACCUACACCCGCGCGAGGCUUUCGUCCAGCAAAGCGCGGAAGCUGUUCUCGCAGCCAGCACAUCAUCCAGGAUCGUCAAGCUACUUCUGGACGACGGUGGCGUCUUUAAACAUUGCUGGCUUGUCAUUUUCCAAACCUACACCGCUUGCACGAUUCUUCUACAUUCUGUGGUCCAGAAGCAACUACACAGCUUUGAGCCAUCGCGGUGGCAGGAUGAUUUAGACAGAGCCGAAGACUGUCUCACGGUACUUGGGUUCUGCGGCUCGCAGGAUCGCAUCGCCGAACAAUUCCACGCGCAGCUCGAGGCCAUCUUCCAAACAGCGUCGGCACAUGUAUUCAGGGGCGAAUCAGACGAGGCUUUCAUGGAGACGGAUGUCCGGCCAGACAACCCUUUUCCCCCAAUGGACGAUGUCGGGGAAGCAAAUCAUGCAUACCUCCUAGACAUUCCGCCCGGGGCAGAUGACUCACUCGUAAAGCUCUCAUUUAUCCUUCUCAUGAUGCUGGGCCAGCCCUUUGGCGACCGUGACACAAAAGAGGCCGCCGAAGUCAACUUGAAGGAGCACUGGCUGACGGACCCCUCAAGGUAUGAAUUCCCGCAGAUGGCAGAACGCGUGGACUGGAAUAUAGAAAACAGGCGCAUGUUCCAGUGGGAUCUGAGCAAGUUGAACAUUCCCCCUUUCGAGGCGAUGAAGAUGGCGGGAGAGUCCAGUUCGUCAGAAGACGCAUCAGAUUUGGGUUUAUCCGACAGCAUGUCUGCAGGCACGUUUCUCGGCAGCUCUGAGCCAAGCGGGUGGACGUCGGCAGCGAACCUAACGAGCCAGGUGAGGAAUAAUGAGAACAUGUUGGGGAAGUAG